UUGGGGCGUCGGGCCCUCGGCGCGGAGAGCUGCGAAGUGGCUGCUGCUUCUCCUUGGCUUCCUUUUGCCGGGAAGGUCCCGCCGGUCGCCUCUGGAAGGAGUUCUCUUCCCCACCCCGCGGUUUGGGUGCGAAGGCCAGUUCCGGCUUGGGAACUGGAUGGGAAGCAGCAGCGCGGGUGGCUGCAGGGGCGGCGGGCAUGGGGGAGCGUCUUAGCACGGCGAGCUCUCCGCCGGAGCCAGACGGAGCCGCCCCCGAGCCGCGUCUCCCGGCCACGGAGACUCAACCUCCGCUCCCCACAGUCAGUGGAAGGACACCAAGGCCACAGCAAGAGGACGAGGUUGGACCGCCGCCGGCUGAAGCUCAAGGCCAGGAGGCCGGCGACGGCGGCGGGGCUCCCUUGGAAGAGGGUCCUUGCUCGGAAGCACCAAGUAGCAACAGCUACCCGUUUGCUCUGAGGCCCGUCUACCCUGCGGUGACCGAGGAGUCUCCUUCUCCUCCUCCAACUUCAGGAGAAGAGGGCCGACAAGAAGACCCCACACCCGCCGUCUCGCCGCCGCCCUCCUCCCAGCCAAGCGUAGUGGGAGCUGGAGGAAAAGGAACCCCUUCCGGCAACGUCGAGGUGGACCUGUACCUUCUGCCCGAAUCUUUCUCCGGCCUGAUCUCCGGGACCCUCCUAGUGCUGCCUUGCCGCGUCUGUCUGGAGGAGAAACCCCUGAAGCCGCUGCCGUGUUGCAAGAAGCCCGUCUGCGAAGCGUGCCUCAAGCGCUAUCUCAGCUCGCAAGUGCAGGUGGGGCAAGCAGAUAUCCCAUGUCCGAUUACAGAGUGCAAUGAACAUCUGGAUGAAACCACCAUCCUCUUCAACUUGCCACAUGAUGACAUCAUCAAAUAUAAAUACUUCCUGGAACUUGGCCGUAUCGGCUCAGGCACCAAGCCAUGCCCUCAAUGCAAGCACUUUACAACCUUCAAGAGGAAAGGUCAUAUUCCGAACCCUACCAGAAUGGAGAACAAGUACAAAAUCCAGUGUCCAACCUGCCAAUUUGUGUGGUGUUUUAAGUGCCACUCUCCUUGGCACGAAGGUGUCAACUGCAAAGAGUUCAAAAAGGGAGACAAACUGCUACGUCACUGGGCCAGUGAAAUUGAACAUGGGCAAAGAAAUGCUCAAAAAUGUCCAAAAUGCAAGAUUCAUAUUCAGAGAACAGAAGGCUGUGAUCAUAUGACUUGCUCACAAUGCAACACUAACUUCUGUUACCGCUGUGGGGAGAGAUAUCGCCAGCUUCGUUUCUUUGGAGAUCACACAUCAAACCUCAGUGUUUUUGGAUGCAAAUACCGCUACCUCCCUGGAAAUCCACAUUUAAGGAGAUUUGUGAGAGGCUCUGUCUGUGGUGGGAAGUUACUUAUUGCACCAGUAAUAUUGGUUUUGGGACUGGUAGUAGGAGCUGUAGUUGUUCUAAUAGGUAAGAGAAAAAGGUUUAUUUGUGUUCCCCAUCUAUUGCCUUUGUAAAAAGAAGAAGAAAAGACCACAAACUGAAAUGCCUUGGUACGAGUGAAGAGUUGUGCAUCUGAAUGGAGCUGAUCCUGCAAGGCUUAUGCAAAAUAACAGCAACCAGCAAUAGUGUGUUUGUUAACUAUCUUGAUAUCACAGCCCUGGCAGAGAUUAGGGGGCCAUCUGCCAUAUUCUUAUUGCACUGUACACUACUGAAGACAAGUCAGAAUUUUGCUCAGACCUGGGGCCUCAGAAGUUUUUUUUUUAAUUCCCAAGCCAACUGCCUAAGGUUUAGUUCAGCUCUUCUUUCUUGAACAGCUUAUAUCUGCACUGUAAAUGCCUAUCUACUGAUGAGCUCAUGAAAGGAGUAUAUAAUUCAGCAACAUUUUCUCCAGUUAUUGAUAAUAAUUCUGGAACUUUUACAGAAGCAAUUCGAAUGAAGGUGACUUCUCUUCAGAGGUUGGUUUCAUGUGGGCAGUUGAUUAAAAGUAUUAUGUUAAAUGAUUUUUAUGGUCAUCAACACUAUGAUGAUUGGAUCCAUCUGGUACUGAAUGGAGUAAUUGUCUUAGAUGUGAAAUUUUGCCUAAUAAUGAACCAUAAUAUUAGCUGUUGACAGAUAUCCAGAAUAGAAAUGAGAAAUGAUUAGAACAGCAUCAAUAUCUCAUACUUUACUACUGUUUAAAAAGUUGGCAGAAUUAGCUUGGAUGUUUGGGAGAUAAUGUCAUCCAUUUAUCGUGUUUUGAAUUGUAUAAGGAAUUCACUGUGUCUAACCUAAUUAGAGAAAGACAAAAAGCCUGCUCUUUGUGGUUGUUCGGUAGUGUCUGAUGCAAUGCAAGCUUUUCAUACAUAUCCGCACCAGAAGACAGUAGAGUGAUCAUAAUCUAAUAUGCCACAGAAAUCAAGAUGUUUUGAAGAGCUAGGAAAAGAAAUAAUCUUCCUUCAGAUAGUUCUUCACAGUGUUCAGCAAAGUCCAUUAUAGAAAGUAACACUUUGCUCUGAAGAAAUCAACAUAUAUUACAUUUCCACCAAACUGUAUCAGUUUGUCUAAAACUGUGUUUCCAGUUCUUCCCUAGGAACAUCUAGAAAUGUUGUAGUUCCAGAAAAGGUUCUUAAUAUAAGGCCAAUUAAAACACAGUGCCAGUUGGUCUGGUUCUUCAUAAGGUGAGGAAGAAGAUGUGGACCUUACUGAUUAGUCUGCCAUAUCAUGACUUAUCCCUAAAAGUUGGGAAGGAUAAUGACUAUUGGGUGACAUCUCUGUGCUUUUGUAUGGACUCAGCAUGCUCAUGCUUCUGUACAGUUCUCUGGUGUGCACCAAGUGUCAUAAAGUAGGUUAUUAUAUACCUAAAUUGGCCCAUAUACACAUACUGAAUAUAAGUGAUUGAAUUCCAAGAUUACCAGUAAAAUUCUAAGUUUCUUAAAAGCUAUUACAACAAAAUUGAAUGAUACAUUUGUUUGACUUCAAGAGCAGUUAGCCAAAUAACAUUGUGUUUUUCUUGUUGGUCUGCUUUUAAAAUAAUAACCAUUUAUGUUGGAUUUAAAAUUUAAAAAUGAGAAUAGGUUAACAGGUUUAGAAAUAAAAACAAUCACGGAUAUAUUUUUUAAGUGUUUCUGUUUUGUCCAAGGUAAAAUAGAAGAGAAUGUUGGGGGAAAGGAGAACAUGGUAUGCAGUUCUUAGGAACUUAAUUUUAAAAGUGGCCUUUAAGUCACUGAAGCAGUUCUACAGUGAGAUGAAAGAUCUUUCCCUCAUUGAAGACCUGCAGCUCAAGUGCAAUCUCUCUCUCUCUCUCAUGUUGUUUUGGCUUGAGUGAGAGAGGCCAAAUCACCUUUUCCAUUUCCAUGAAUCAGUGUUGAGAUGUUCAUUUGCAUUCUAUGGACAACACCAUUCAGUCUGAGGUAUUAAUACUUCUUGUCACUAUUGGACAUCCUUAAAAAAAAGUAAGACAGUAUUACCGAAAAUGGCUAUUUUGUAAAUUGUUCUUGAAUUCAGUCUAUAAUAAUGCUAAUAGGCUCCAUUAUACUGAAAGGGAAGACGUACACAUUUUAGCAAAACUUGGAGCAGUUUGUUAAUCAGUACAAAAUCAACUGUAGUAUAUAAUCUGGAUUCAUUGCCUGGCGUCAGCUGAAGUAAACUGAUGUCCCUAAUUUGUUAAAUAUGUUCACAUUAAAUUCUGUAUGGCCAUCAGUCAUUUUCUAUUAACCGCAAAUAAUACCCAAAUUUACUACUGCCUUUUCAUCCAUUAAAAUUAAACUGAUUUUGGGAAGUCCCUAAUGAGACAUUGCAUUUUAACAUAAUUUUUAUUUAUUAAAAGAAUAGAUUUAGAUCUGUUGAAAUUAACAGUCUUUAAAUUAGUUAGGACUACCUUAGAUAAUUUGAUUUCAAUGGGUCCGCUGUCAAAGCAAAUCUGCAUUCAACUAUAUACUAUUGAUAUAUUUUUAGCUUAAUAUGUUUUUCUUUAAUAGUGUUUCUCAAAGUUGAAUGUUGCCUUAAACUUUUUUUAAAAGAUUGUAUACUUAAUCCCAAAUAAUUGUUUUCUCAGGCCAAACAUAUCUAUUGUCUUUGAUUUACUCAGGGAUUUUAGUCCUUCCUUAUAAUGUCAGAUGUUUUUGUGAAAACAUUUUUGUAUUACUAACAUUCAGACAUCCAAGUUAUGAUUGGAUUUGAUGUUUAUAGUGUGGAAUACAUUAAAGCAACGUCAAGGCUUCCAUUUGAUUUAAGAAUUAUCUUUUCCUGCAAUGCUUCAUAUUUUCCCCCUUCUUUUAUCCUUGUGAAACAUAAAAGCCUACUGUAUAGUAAUUCUUGGAUUUUGUCUAGAAACCUUCAUAUGUAAGAGCAAAUUAUGUGCAAAGACAAUUGGCUUAUUAGCUAUAGCCCAUUUGGCUAGAAUACAAUGUCAGGUCUUGAUAGAGAUAACAAUCAAUGAUUUUGUGUACAUAUUCUGCAUUUGAGCUAUCAGAGUGGACCCUUAUGAAAUGCUGCGAUCUUUUUCAUUCAUCUUGGCACAUUUGGGACCACAUAAAAUAAUCUCAUUUAUGGAAGCCAAAUGUUCUAUAAGUGGAUUACUUUUGCUGGACAAAAUGCAUGUCUGUUUUGCUUUUUUAAAAAUGGCAUCCUGGAUAUAAAUUGGGUGGUACUGAAAAAGUUGAUAUAUUAAAAUAAACAAAAGACACAAAUAUGUAUGCGUAUUACGCCUGUAAAAAAUUAAAAUUGAAGCUUUAUUCUCAUUCUAAUUCUUUUAACACAAAACAUACUGCUUGAAGAAAUAUUUCAGUCAAAUCCUGUAGUUAUUCUUUAGUGAAUUCACCCCAAAAUGAGAUUAUACUGUCCCAUAAAAAAACAUAUGCAUUAGAAGCUUUCUAUAAAGUGUUGAUUAAAGAUUAAUCUUUGCAAAUUGUACUUCAGUCAGCCUUAACUACAUAUCUGUGAACAUGUUCAGUUUAACAAUCAUUGAAUAAUUAUGGAUUGUUUCUGGGAGAAAAUUCUAUUUUUCUGAAUUGUUUUUUGACUGAUAAAUAUUGUGUUUCUCUUUCAAAAUUUCUGACUUGUUCUUUGGUGCUUUUCUGAGAAAAGUUAUUCCAGUUUAAAUUACUUUUGUCCUCUAUAUUUCUAGCCUUUCCUUAUUUAUAGUAACGAAGUCAUCUUUAAUAUUUUUAUUUAUAUAAUGUAACUUUAUCAGAGCAAAAGACUUGAAAUAUUUAAAUUAUUUAAAAGUUUCCUUUUUAGGAUACAACUCUUCUUUAGUUUGACAGUGAACAAUCAGAAAAGCUUGAAUGAUAUUGUGCCACUCAAGUAUUUAUUCUAAGGUCCUGAUUGCUAUAUAACUAAAUAUGUCAACCCCAGGAAGCUUAGAUUAUCCAGCGCUUUUUCAAAUAUAUAUUUGCCAAAUAGAAUUGUAUUUGCAUAUAAAGUAAAAUACAAAAUUGCAUGAGGAUUUCAUCUUAAUGGAGAAAUUACUAACAUUCUGGCUCCAUUUGAUAUUUAGUUUGUGUUUGGUUUCCGCAAAUAGGCUUUCUCUGAUUCUAACAAACUAUUGUGCUGCAUUUGGAUAUUUUCAGUAAAUGAAGUUACCUUAUAAAAACCAUAAUCACAAUGCAGUGCAGUUCUUGGCUACAUAUAUAUUAUUUCUAGAGCACUUUCUUUAGAACUAUUCAUUUAAUAUGUUGUCUAUGUUAAAGUAAUGAAUAGAUGAAAAAAAUAAGAUGAUGUAGUCAUGUAACACUACUGCCAUUUCUGGUACAGUCUUUACUAAGACAUUCAGCGAAUUAUAAGAAAUAUGAUCUUGGUUUAGGUAGCAUUAUGGUUGAUAUCUGUAUUGAUGCUUGCCUGCUUUUUUUCUAAAUAUGACAAAGUUUUUGUUAAAAACAGAGAAAGCUGCCCUGUAAUUUGAUGGAUCCAACAAAAGCAGUGAAUUAUUGAACACGUUUUACUGAUGUUAAUCUAUGAAAAUAUGUCAGGUAACCCUUUAUUAAAAUAUACAGUUGUAUCCCAUCCAUUUAUACUUCCCUUCAGGAGUGCUGAUUUAUGCCUUUAAAGGGCUUAUGUAAUUGUGUUGUCUUUCUGGAUGUGUCUUAGUAUUAGCAAAAUAUGCUAGAGAAGAAAAUCCUCCGUUACAAUGCAUAGUAAUUCUAAUCAGCUCUGUCUUGUGGGAGGAGAUCACUGCAUUUUCCAUCAACAGAUGUCAGCUAUGUAAGUUGUUGCUUUACUCAUUUGCUUCUCUGAGGUGUAUGGCAGUAGGAUCUGAAUACAGAAUGUUGCAAACUGUAGAAUACUAAUUAUUACUGAGUACAUAGAACAUUAAUUUACACUUGCAGUCAUAUACAGAAGUUUCAAGGGCAAAGGAUUAUGGCACCCAUAAUCUUUUUAAUGCAUUGCCAAUAUUAUGUGCUAAUUUCAUAGCUUCUCUCUUUGUGUAACAUUUCCAAAUAAGUUGCAUAUGAAAUCCUGUGAGAAGGCAAGGUGAUUUGUUUGUUUAUUUAAAUAACCUAGUAUGUGUUAAAAUUACACUUGGACCUAUAUGUACAUUUGUGUUGUAAUAGACUUUAUUUGAUUAUAAAAAUCAUAAAGAUUAUUUCUGAAAGGAAGUGGUGGACUAAUUGACACAAAGUAAAUCUGAAACAGUACACUUCCCAUGGUAAAAAUAAAAUAAAAACAUCUAUGUUCUCCUCUGGUUUCAGAAUCAGUGUCUCUAUUUUUCUUUUUCUGUAAUUUUCUAUAAAAGUUUGUAUUAAAGACUUUAAUUUAGUGGCAGUUAAUCUUUCCUGCCCCUUCUAUAGUUCCCAAUAACUGGAGGGAAUCUCUCAUGUCAGGAUCAGCUUUCGGGAAUACAAUGAUAGAAUUUUUACUGAGAAAUGGGAGGAAAGCUGGAUACACCUGCAAUUUUUACCUCUAACCCAUAUUUUCUGUAUGAAGUGGAUGUGAAGAACAUUUUUAAUAAUGCUGGGGAUUAUUAGAGACAUGCAGUAAUUCCAUUAAAGUGAUUUAAAACCAUGGAGAAUGAAGCAAAGAUUUUGCAACCUUGAGUGAAAAUUCUUGAUCUUUAAUGCAAUUUGAGGUAAAAUAAAGGUGAAAAUGUAUUCAGUAAAACCCAUUGGGAUAAGACCAUUUAACACCCCCACACACACACUGACCCUUUCCCCAUUAUAUAUGAGAGAGAGAGAGA